GGAAGGGGAAGGGGCAUUUUCUGUAGCUCUCUUGGGUCUCUCCCCUCCUGCUUCUCUCCCCACUCUCCCUGCCCUUCCACUUCCCUUCCACCUCACGCCCAUAGCUAUGACUCAGGCCUGACCUUCUUUCCCUGGGGAGAAGGCCUCCCCCACCCACUCCACUCAGUACAUCCCCCCAUUGCAGACAGGGGUCAGGGUCUCUCCCUAUGUAGGAAGAUGCUGGAAAUGUGGAGGACACAGGUUCAUUGUCGCUGAGGCCAGGACAGGUGCUAGCUGAGUCUCAGGUUUGUGUGAAGUGGGGUCUACAAGUGGGGUCUCAGCUCUAAUGGGGACUCUGGGAUUCUGUGUCCUCAUCCUGGAACUCUCACCCCCACCCUCGCACGCUCACUUGCCCCCAAUCACCCCCAUGUGUUGGGGCCUGUGUCCUCCUCACCCAGGACUGGGCUCCCUUGGGUGUGUUUCACACUGGUAUUUAGAGGUGACAAUAGAGAGACACCCCCAUGCCUGGGUAGGCCAGGUAUGGAUGCUUCCCGCCUCCUAGACUUCAGGGGCAGGGGAUGAGGGCUUCCUGGGCACUCCAUGGCACCGCUGUCUCCCACAGCUGCAGGGCAGAGCUGGGAGUGGAGCCCUGGCCUCAGCUACUGUGCUGCCUUGGCGAUGUGGAGGCCCUCAUCCUGGUCCUGGAUGCUGUAGGGGCAGGUCCUGAGUCCCUCAUGUGGGGCACGGAGGAGGAGACAGGGCAUGUCCUUGACUAGAGUGGGACAGCUGGAGUUUAGAGGGGGUGGCUGAGCCCCCUAGCUGAUAUAUUCACCAUAUAUAGAGCCCACUUCAUCCAUAGGGGACGGGGAAGCAGGUCUGGUUGGUGAUGCUUCAGGAAGAGCUGGGCCACCCGUGAUGUGCUGUGUGGCCUUGGCCAGUCCUUUCCUCUGUCUGGGCUUCAGCUCCCAUGUGCCCUGCCUCUUUUUUCUCCUCUGGGGAGAUCUGGAACCCAACUUAAGCUCACGUGUGGUUGUGUGCUGAACCCCUGCCCACCCGCGGAGUCUCACCCUUAAUUCCACUAUGUUGAAGUUGAUGAAGCCUGAGCUUGGAGGGGAGCUGGAGUCUAUUCCUAGAGAAAGUUUGUGCGGAGGCCCAGAGACAUGAAAAUUACUCAGGUGUUUGGGAGAGCUGGCAGCUGGGUGCUGGUGCGAGCUGGAACCACAGGGGUGGGCAGGGCAGGGGUGCGCAGGGUGUGAAGAUCAGCUCAGGCGGGCAUCCAGAUCCUGCCACGUUGCAGCCAGACAGCACCUACACCAGAGGGCCCACCUCUAGUGUGCUUCCUCGUGCUUCAGCCAUCUGAGACCCCAGCCCCAGGGGGAGGGAGGGUCAGACUACGCCAGAGGAAAAUCAUGGAUUCUGGGCACCAAAGGCAGCUGGGCCGGAGGCUGGGUCUGGUUGUCUUCGGGGAAGGCUCAGUCAGACGCUGUCACACCUGGGUGGGGCCGGGUGUCCUGGUGCUAGGGAGGUGGCUGCCCAAGGUCACAUAGUCUUGAGUGCUAGGCUGCCACUAUGGGAUCUCCUGGCUGCUCCCUCCCCUUAUCCGUCUGUCCUUCCCUCCAAGCCUGUGUGGCAGCUUUGUCCUAGGACUCAGCAGAAGCCCCUGCUGCAGGAAGGGAGUUAGGUUGGCAGGUAAAGAAGGUGUCCUGGAAGAGGAGGGAUUCUGGUGGGGUUUGAAGAAUGAGUAGGAGUUUUGUGGAAGGAGGUGGAGGAAAACUGUUGGCACAGGGAGCUUCACUAGCCAAGUCCAGGGGCCUGUUACCCUCGCAGCGCUUUCACUGGGAGAGGAGGCUCAACUCCGUCGGGUCUUGGAGAAUGGACUAUCUUUGAAAAACAAGAUAGUACUGGUGACACAUAUGUGACCCCAUUAGAGUUUCCUGACCUGCUCUGGAAGUGACCAGGUUGGGGAAACCAGAUGUGUAAGGUCAACCACAGGGCAGAAGGGAGGCCCAGAGAGGUCAAAAGAGUGACAGAGUGGAGAGGCUGGCCUUAGAUAGGCCAGGCCUGGCCAGUGGGGAAGCAGGAGGUUGGGAGGGCUGCUUCUCAUCACUCUUUCCCCACAGGACACUCACCGAACUUCUGAAACAACCGGACCCCCAGGAGCCACUGCCUCCACCCCUGGGCCCACCUCUGGGUAGUUGUGUCCAGGUGCAGAUGGGUGAUGGCCUGCCCCGGGGCUCCCCCAGCAACACAGACAAGAAGCGCGCCAACAACGUGCCCCUGGGGUCAGCAACACCGGGACCCCUGCGUGGCCCCAGGCUGCAGGGCGGUGGCAGCAUGACGCUGCAGCCCAACUACGCCAAGUACGCCACCCUCAAGGCAGCCGCGCUCAAGGCCGCAGAAGCCACCCCACAGGACUUCUACCAGCGUUUUCCCGCGACUGAACCUGCCCCGCUGACCCUCCCGGCGCGGACCUCGCGACCCCGCGAGGACUUGCCCGCGCUGCUCGACGCCUGCCCCUGGGCCCCGCCGGGCUACGCGCCCCGCCGGCCUUGCCCCUUCGGGCCAUACAAGGCCUGGAUCGCUGGCCGCCAGGCCCGGCCCGCCCCCCGCGGCCACCUGGCGGCUCAGGUCUCCCCCGCACCCCGGCGGCCCGGCCACGCGCCCCGGCGCCAGUUCAGCGUGGAGAAGCUCCCCGAGGCCUUCAGCCCGCAGCCCCCCGGCCUUUACGGCAGCGCGGGCCAUGGCACCGGGCACCUUAGCACCAACAGCAAAGCAGAGGUCACCGUGUGAAGACAGGGCCGCUGGUUCUCCCGAGCCAUCUUAUCUCCGGGGGCCCUCGUCUGCCUGGGGGGCGCCUUGGGCCGGUUCCGAGGGAGGGGGGCGCCGGCUAUGGAAGGCCAGCCCUUCCUUAUGCCUGCCCAAACUGGACUGGGGCCUUGGAGCCUGCAGGGCUAAGAAGGGGCCCACUGGGUAAGGCCAGUGGUUCUGUUCUCGGGGCCCUAGGGCCCGGGUUCCUCAUGUAAAUAAAGCCUUUUCUGUGGCUCCCAUCCCUGAGAAUAAAGGAGCCCCAGCUUGGCUGUGAGAGGCACUGACGGUGGAGGCAUUGGUCAUUGACUGGACAGACGGCGGUCCGGGCAGAGGGCACAGCAUGUGCAAGAGCAAAGGACUCCUGAGAGCUGCCGGGCAAGUGUUUUGGGAGCCAGGGAGUAGUGGCUGGAGAGGGUAGUCAGGGUUGAAUGCCAAGCUUAAUGUCCACACCAGUGGGAGCCAUGGGAGAGGGGGCAGUUGCGCCCCAGCCAUCUCUAGACUCCAGAGCACAGGGGAGAGGGCUGUCGGGAGCCUGAGGCCCCCUGGAGGGUCCAUGCCCCUUACUGGAGGUGAGCCCCCUCCAGCCAGUCACUCACUCUACAUCUUGAGUUGGUAGCCCGGCUGAUCCUCAUUGACAUAAUCUGGCCCUGAGCCGGCACCUGGCUUGCAGGCCACUUGGCCAGCUUGGUCCAGGGCCACCCCCCUAAUGGGUGUGGGCAGUGGGCCAAGUGGACAGCUGGUGCUCAGGAUGGGGGAGCCUCCUCCCAGUAGCUGCUCUGGGGGGAAAGCGAAUGGGGACGCUGGACACGAGGCCUUGGCAGUGCCCCCACUGGGGGGUGCUCACACAUGCUCGGCUCGGCCAGCUCUCCCCGUUCCUGCCAGGCAGGCUCCGGGUACCUAGCUGUGUCUCAGGGCAUUGCCAGCAGCCUGCGUGUAUGAGUUUCUUUGUGCCAGGGACGGUUGACGUCCCUGAGGUUGAGGUCUGGGUAAUGCUCCUGUGUGACAUCAACAAAGCCGCCCAGAUGGGCCUCAGUUUCCCUUCUGUGUAUCCUAGGCAUGCUAUACUGUUUAAUAACAAUGGUCACCAUCUGUUGCUGUUUCUUUUAUU